AUGUGCAAUUCCAGGAGGCAAUUAAUCAAAUCCCGAGGGAAUAUUUGUUUCCACCUAGGAUUCGCACGAAGGGGAAUUUUCGAAAGCAUAGUAAUUCACAGAAGCAGUGGUCACGCACCACGUCUAACUGAAAAAAAUGAACUCCUAUGUGCGGCAAAUCGAAAGGCAAUCCAGAAACAAGGACUUCUUAUACCUGGAAGGUAUUGGAAAAAGUCGUUCAGAUUUGACAUUCUUUCGGUGCCUAGCUGCCAUGCCAUCCGGAGGAAGCACGAGGGCAAGGUUACUGCCAGAUUGCCCAAACCUAGACAGGGGAAGUCAAGAGGCAUAGUUUGUGUUCAAAUCACGGACCUUCCG